AUGCGUCGCAACUCAAUCUCAUUGUUAACUACGCUUGUUUUUUUUCUCGCAUGCGUUAGCAGUGUCUCGGCGGAGACGACAGCAGUAAACGUGCCAGUUAACGCUCGUUUGUAUGCCACGAACCAACGCCAUGGCCAUGUCUUUACGAAUAGGCAGCUGAAAGGUUACGGAACAACGACUGAAAGCGACGAAGAGAGAGUCGGUCUUGGCCCGCUCACCGGUUUGGUUCAUGCUGCUACAUCAAAGAUCGAUGACUUUAUCGCCCCAGCAAAAUACAAUUAUCUGGUGAACAACUUGCGCAUCGGCAAUAGUGUCGAAGAAGCUCUGACAAGCUCGCAACUGAAGACACUGAGUCAGUUCGUUGCCAAGUUCCGGAACAAGAACCCAGGGAAAUAUAUCUCGUCGAUUGCGCCACUAACUGCGAAGUAUGGGGACGACGUUGUGGCGAGGGCGCUCGUCCAAUUGGAGAGGGACGGCGAUAUGACUGAUCUGGUGAAGCAGUUGCGGGGCGAGCAACUGAUGGAUUGGCUAAGGACUGGCAAAUCUGUUGACGAUGUUUUCAACCUACUCAAACUCAAAGAGGACGGGUACAAACUCCUUCACAGUCGAAAGCUCCGGGCGUUGGAAGACUACAUUACCCUGUAUAAUCGGGAGAAAUCUACCGAUGAAACAUUGGUAAAGGUCUUGGCAACAGGCUUUGGUGGAGAUGGCAACUUGGUGGCGCUUUUAGAGCAAGCAAAGAAACAUGUGCGAUCGGUGUACAAGGCCAGCUCAUUGGAUGCUGCUCUACAGACCAAGUGGCAAAGCGAGAAAUUGCCACCGAUGAACGUCUGGUCGCGACUUCAGUUCAGUGAUGAUGUGAAUGAAGCAAUUAGCAGUGGUAAGUUGGACAUGUACUAUAAGUACAUCUCGGAGAACUAUCGGAAGAGUAGGGGAUCAGUGCUUGAGAGGUAUAUCGCUAAAUAUGGUGAAGUUGAAGUGGCAAAGGCGCUUGUAACUGCGAAGGGUAACGAUGCCACGAGGAAACUCGCGACGAGGCUACAGAAGCAGCAAUUAGAGGGUUGGCUGGCAACCAAAAAAUUCCCCGAUGACGUUUUCGUGCUGCUUAAGAUUAAAGAUGACGGGAUUUUAUUCACGAGGAGCCGGAAAUUGAAGACUUUGACAACGUAUAUCAAAAUGUACAACACCCACAAAAAAACCCAAGACCAAGCAGAUAUCUUCAGGGUGGUCAUAAAUGGCUUCGGUGGCGAUGCUGCUUUCGCGCGUGUGGUCGUUAAAGGGGUGACGAUGCCAGAUUCGCCUGAAAUGUUUAGAACGGCCCAAAACUACGAAGAUGCGUUGUUUAAGGGAUGGCGACAGAGCCAAAUCGAGCCGAAAGAUGUUAUCACGAAGGUUUUCAACAAAGAGAACGGUGCUGCUAGCAGUUUGGAAACGGAGAUUGCGGCUCGAUACUCGGAAUUCUAUAAACGCAAGACUCCAGCAGCUUCUUAG